GAAAGAAUGUCUAUUUUUGUAUGUCUCCUUCCAGACCUUUUUCUACAUAUCUACAUAUACAAUUUUUUUUAAAUAAAUGGCAUCUCUUAGACACAUUACGUGUUAUAUACUAUGUUCUAUGACUUUUUUUCACCACUUAUCGUGUAUUACUACAUAAGGAUUUACUUCUUUAUUUUCACUCUUUUGAAUGGAUAAGGUAUAAUUCAUUUAACUGUUCCCCUAUUGAUGACUAUUUAGAUUAUUCCCAGUAUUUGGUUAUAAUGUCUUCAUUCAACAAAUGUUUAUCGACUGCUGGGCAGUGGUAGUGAACAAAACUGCCUGUUUUCAUGUAGUUACCUUCUUUUGGAGGUAGACAGACAAUAAAUGAAAUAUGUCAAAUGCUUUUGAGGCCUGAAGGGUGAAGAAGGAGAUAGGAAGUGCUGGGAAUGAGAAGAGGGGUAUGCAUUUUAAAAUAGGAUGGUCAGGAAAGCUUUACCAAUAGAUAACAUUUGAGUAGAGAUCUGGCAGAGGUGAAGUCAUGAGCUUUGAAGCCAUUGGUGGGGGAGAAACAUUCUAGGAAGGAGAGAAGUCUAAAGGCUCUGAGAUAGGGGCAUGCCCAAUAAGAAGAAGAGCAGUGAGGCCAUUAUGGCUGGAAUGGAGUGAGCCAGGGGCAGAGUGGGAGGAGAUGAGGUCACAGAGGAGGCAGCAGAGAGUCAGGGUUUUUUCGGCCACUAUAAAGACUUUGUCUCUUCCUGAGUGAGGCAGCAAGCCUUUGAAGGUUUCCAAGCAGAGGCAUGGUAGAGUCUGACCUAGAUUUGAGAUGAUCACUUUCUUGAUAAUAAACUAUUGGAAUGGAAACAGGGAAGCCGUUUAGGAGGCUAUGGCAACAACACAGGCAAGACACAAUGAUGGCUCGGACUGGCUCGGACUAGGGUGGUAGCAGUAGAGGUGGUAGGAUGUGAAUAUGUUUUAAAGAUAGGGUGAGAGAGGAGUCAAGGACUAUUCUGUAAUUUUAGGUCUGAGCAAUCGAAAAGGUGGAGUUGCCAUGAAAUGAGAUGGGGAGGACUGUAGUAGGCAAGAUUAGAUUCUUUUUUUUUAUUGAAGUAUAGUUGAUUUACAGUAUUGUGUUAGUUUCAGGUGUAUAGCAAAGUGAUUUGGUUAUAUAUAUAUGUGUGUGUGUGUGUGUGUGUGUGUGUGUGUGUAUACACACACACACACACAGUAAGUCCCCUACAUACGAACCUUCAAGUUGUGCACUUUCAAAGAUGCGAAUGUACAUUCACGUGUCCAAUCAUGUAAGUUAGUUCAAGUGUCUGGCGUACAUUGUCACUUGCAUGCAUCCUCUACAAGUGGUUAUCCUUUUGUGUACUUUACUGUAUAGUACUGUAUAGAGUACAGUAGUAUGGUAUGUUUAUUUCCUGCCUGUUCAUUCGAUGCCAGCCCCUGUAUGCCAGCUGUUGUACUGUACUACUGUACUUUUCAAGGUACUGUACUGUAAGAUUAAAAAUGUUUUCUUUAUUUUUUGUAUUUGUUUGUUUUUUAUGUAUUAUUUGUGUGAGAAGUAUUAUAAACCUAUUACAGUACAGUAUUAUGUAGCUGAUUGUGUUAGUUGGGUACCUAGGAUAACUUUGUUGGACUUACGAACAAAUCGGACUUACGAACGCACUCUCGGAACUGAACUCGUUCAUAUGUAGGGGACUUACUGUAUAUCCACACACAUACAUACAUACAUACAUACAUACAUAUACUUUUUCAGAUUCUUUUCCAUUAUAGGUUAUUACAAGAUAAAGUAAGCAAGAUUAGGAAUUGGGCUUUGGGCACAUUACAUUUGAGAAUAUAUUAACAGCCAACCAAGGUACUGAGUAAGUGGUUGGACAUUAAAUUUGGAGUUCAGUGGCGAGGUCAGGGCUGGAGAUGCAAACCUGGGAGUCAUCAGUUUAUUAAUAUAGUUUAAACCCAGAGCUCACCUAGAGAGUAAAUUAGAGAAGAGAUUCAAGGACAGCCCUUGGGCACGUCAAGGUUAAGAGGCUUGAGGAUAUGAAAAGGAUGCAGCAAAGAAGACCAAGAAAGCAACCUGUGAGUUGAACAUAAUGGCAGGCGAAGAAAUUAAUGAAGACUAUCCAGUAGAAAUUCAUGAAUAUUUAUCAACAUUUGAGAAUUCCAUUGGUGCUGUGGAUGAGAUGCUGAAGACCAUGAUGUCUGUUUCUAGAAAUGAGUUGUUGCAGAAGUUGGACCCACUUGAACAAGCAAAAGUGGAUUUAGUUUCUGCUUACACAUUGAAUUCAAUGUUUUGGGUUUAUUUGGCAACGCAGGGAGUUAAUCCUAAGGAACAUCCAGUAAAGCAGGAAUUGGAGAGAAUCAGAGUAUACAUGAACAGAGUCAAGGAAAUAACAGACAAGAAAAAGGCUGGCAAGCUAGACAGGGCUGCGGCUUCAAGAUUUGUAAAAAAUGCCCUAUGGGAACCAAAACCUAAAAAUGCAUCCAAAAUUGCCAAUAAAGGAAAAAGUAAAAGUUAACCUUUUGGUUUUGAUGUACACAUAUUCAAAAAGUACAUAAUUUUUAUUGUUUUCCACAAAAUAGAUGAUGAUUAUGUGCCAUUGUAAGGUUUGAAUGUAUUCCAUAUUGAAUUAGUGUGUAAAAUUUGCAUUUUAAAUUUAUAAUGCUAAAUACUUUUCCCCCAGAAAGAUUAAGUUAUCCUUACUGAUUUUCCUAUAGAACAUUAUGUGGUUUUUUUAACAUUGUGGUAUAUUUUAUAUUUAUAGUUUACUGUCUCUUGACAAGACUCUUAUUUCCUUAUAUAGGUCAGUUUUGCAAGUGCCAUUUUAUGAGCAACUAUGAAAUUUAAGUUAAAUGUUCUUUGCAAACAUUUGUGUAUUUUCGAUGAAUAAUGAUUUUAUGAAGUAUGCUGAAGUUUUAAAUACAUCUGUUUUCACUAUGUAAUAUUAGGAAAGAAAGAAAUGACUUAAAUGUCCAUUUUUUCUGUGAAGUUAUUUCAUUAUGCUUUCAUGAUUUUGGGAAUGACUGCUUUUUGUGAUAUUUGAAGUAUGAAAUUAAGACUUUUAAGGUUAUUCUUUAAUUCUUGGUACUUUGCCACUAUGUCCCAUUUAAAGUAAAAUAUAUUCUCAUUAACUUUAGAUGGGAAAUGAGGUUGUAUAUUGAUGGCUGAAUUUUGGCAUAAUGGCUGUACCCUAUCAGUAAAGCUGUAAGUGUUGUGUAGCUGACCUGUUUUUUAUUUUUCUCUUUUGAGUAAAUUUUCUCUUGAAAUUAGGAAGGUAGUUUUUAGAAAUCCUUAGGAAUGGGGGAAUUCACGAGUUUUUGUUCCUUAUGCAUAGUGCCCACAGUUCUCUUGGCCUCAUGUUUUCAGAGUUUUUUAUUGUAUGUUUCUGAGGCUAUAGCAAUUACAUAGAAGUAUUUUGGAACAACUUUGUAUGUUAUUUAAUGCCACUUAAGCAGAGGAGAAAUCCAAAGGAGAUUACAUUGUGUUUAUAUUCUGAUUUAUUUUUCUGCAGUAUUUGCUACAGAGAAUUCUAAAUAUUAAACGAUUUUUUUAUGUCUAAGCCCAUGAAUUUUAAUUAUAUACCCUUAAUGCUUUCAGUCUUUGAAUUCACAUCAUUAUAUAUAGGAAUGCCAAGUACAGUAAAAUACUUUAAUUUUUGAAAAUGAAGUUGUUAAAAUUUUUUGUGUGACUAAUUCUCCAUAAGUAACCUUGAAUAAAUGGAUUUCUUGAUUUAUGGUAGCAGAUAUUGGAAAUGGUCUUAAAAUGUAAUGGAUUUUGUAACGCAUGUUGAACUCUUUCUGUGACACAUGAAGAGGUGGUCACUGAUAGAUGCAGAAAGACUUCUGGCUCAGAUGUCAGACGAUUUUUGAAGUGGAAGAACACUUAUAGUUAGUUCACUCCUUUUUUCACCUUCGGCUCCUCAAAAUUCAAAUUUUUUUUUUUUAAAGUAGCUUCUUCAUGAGAGAAAUAAAUGUUAUUAAGAUCAAA